CCAUCCCCUGGCCUCCUUCCAGCCUCCUCUGUUCAGCCUUUUCCCCUCCCAGGCAGUCCUCACUUCUGGUUCCUCUAGGCUGCAGCCAGUGGAAGUCCUCAGCCUGUCAGAGCCAAAAGCCCAGGUGGGCUCAAGAACUUCAGCCUCAGGAUGAUGACAACAUUGCUGCCAUUGCUGCUUCUACUGCUCCUGCCAGGCAGGGCCCUUUGUAGCCAAGAAGCCUCAGAUGGCCCACGGAACUUCCAAAUGCUCCAGAUCUCCUAUUUCUCAGACCCCCACCAAGUGUUGCACCAAGGCAACGCGUCGCUGGGGGGACUUCCGACACACGUGCUGAAAAGCCAGGACUCUAAUAUCACGAUCCUCCAGCUGCAUCCCUUGCAGGAUGCCCAAAGCUGGGCACUCACGGAAGAAAGAGUGCGGGUCUACCUGCAGGAGUUCCAAGGCCUGGUGCAGCUGGUGCACCAGGAGCGGGGCGUGGCUUUUCCUCUGACCGUUCGCUGCUUCUUGGGCUGUGAGCUUCCCCCUGAGGGCUCUAUAACCCAUGUCUUCUUCGAAGUGGCUGUGAAUGGAAGCUCCUUUGUGAGUUUCCAGCCAGAGAAGGCCUUAUGGGUGGCAGGGCCGCAGGCCCACUCCAGACUGGUCACCUACACUCUGAAUCAGCUCAACGCCUACAAUCGUACUCGGUUCGAACUGCAGGAAUUCCUGCAGAACACCUGUGUGCAGUACGUGCAGGAACACAUCACGAACAAUUCAAAAGGGAGUCAAACAGGCCGCCCCUACACUUCGCUGGUCCUGGGUGUCCUCGUGGGCUGUUUCCUCAUCAUUGGUGUGGCUGUAGGCAUCUUCCUGUGCACAGGUGGACGGCGGUAUUAAUUAAGGUGGACGACGGUGUUAAUUACUCUCCAGCCCCCUCUGGAAAAGGCUGGACUGAUGGGAGUCUGGCAAGGGCAGAUCUCAGCUCACUGAAAAACCAAACAGGCUCCCCAUCUGGGACAUUGUAUCCCAAAAGUUUUGGAGUGACAGACUUUUUCUUCUCCCAUGUCUGUCCACCAAGAGUUUGGGGGAAGGAAAGAGGAGAAGUCUAGAUAGACAGAGUACUUCUAAGAGCCUAAGAACGCGCAUGGUUUGCUGAAUUAGUCUGAGAAAUGAAUGCUUCUCUGUCUUUGUGGAAAAGAGACAGUGGAGUUAGGGUGGUAAUUGUGGGGUCUAUGGCCCAUUCUCCAGACAAACAGAAUCACCUGAGGCAUUCAAAACACAGAACCAAAUAAAACAAGUCAACCACAACCAAAACAAACAACAUUCAAUGCUUCCAGGUGUGUCGCACUUGGGAUGGGACAAUGGUAUAACAGAGGUAGAAAAAAUAAUUAGAGAAAUGGUGGAAGUGUAAAUCCAAGUAAUAUGGGAGCAAGCAGUUGUUAAUCAAUCAAUUAAUGAUAUUAAUAAAUUCCUUACUUGUGUAUAAGGCCUUAUUAUUUCCUCUGCAAAACUUCUGUAAAAGUAGCCUAUACGCUUUGCUUCUACUUCCUCAUCUCUCACUCACUCUUCAACCCACUGCAGUCCGACCUCUGUAUAAACUGCUCAAAGAUCACCAAUGAACUCUAAUUGUGAAACCUUCAUCCUCCAUGAUAUCUGCAACAUUUCACUUUGUGGACUAGAAUUCUUUUUACCCCAACAUCUGAGAUACCAUAUUUCUAAUUCUUAGAAACCAUUCUGGCCACUCAUUCAAUUCCUAAGUAAGAGGGCAACUAUGUCAUCUUACUCGGUUCACCUUGGAAAUGUUAGCUUCCUUAGAAUUCCAUUUUGGGGCUUCUUUCGUUCCCCUUUUAACUAUACCCUUUCUGGGGGACCUACUAACUUCCAUGGCUUCAGAUACCAUCUCUCUGCGGUGAUUUCCAUGGGGAACCAAUAUAAUCUUGUCUUUGAGAGUAUGUGUUUUGUCAUUAAACAGACUUGAGUUUUACUUCUUUGAGCCAGACAUUUUAACUUCUUCAAGUCUCAUGUUUCUUCAGAAACAAAAGCUAUGAUAAAAUAUACAAAAAGGGUAUAAUAAAAAGAAUACCUACUUACCUCAUAGAGGCAUUAUUCAUAUUA